UAUAAGUGCAUUUCCUAAAGCUACACUUCCUGUGGGUCAUAGCGGACAUUUUAUUUAGUUAAUUAUUCAUCUAUUUAAUAGUUUUCCUUUCUUUAAAACGGGCAGAAAAAAAGAGGUUACUUUUGAAGACAAACUGGGGCUCGAAUUUGUGCCGUUCAUUCCAUUGGCAACUGGCUUUUGGGCGUGUUUGAUAUGUCGAUUUAAAUGACAUUCGUCGGUAUAUAAUUACAAACAUAAGUUUAAAGUUCCCUGCCAAAAUAUUAUAUUCAUCAAGUUUACAUCUUUCUUUUCAUAAUCCGUAAUAUUAUAAAAGGCCCUAACUUCAAUUUUGAAAUAUUUGAAAUAGCAUUUGGAUUUAAGAUUUAAACUGUAAAACGCAUUUGAUGCUCGAAUAAACGUUUAGACUUGGAGAGGUGUAAUUAUGGACCGUAUCAUCUGACAAGGUAGAAAAUACCAACUUUGUGGUAUUUGAGAGAGAGAAGCGAAGUAAAGUAUAUAAUUUGGAUGUGAAGCCAGGGACUUAUGAUAAACAUUUUCAUUACAGUUUUAAACGGUUUAAUGUAUGGAUCUAGCGAUAUUGAUAGGAAAUUCAGCACGUGAACAUGAGAUAUGGAUUAAACUCUUUGUUUACAAAUUAGGAAGUGAUCAUUACGUUUGUGUACUGUCCGGAUUAUGUGAAACUUAAACCAGUUGUUUUGCUAAUUAAGAGACUCAUUAUCUCGAGUAAUUAAUUCGAAUGAUUAAAACAGUUUUGGAGUUACAAGAAAAAAAUAUUGUGUGUUUUACAUGAUUAACGUGUGUUGUGUAAUAUUGAAUUCCGUAGUUGGAUUUUAAAAUAUCAUUCGCUUUGGAUUUCAAUCAUUAAAUGAAUAGGCGUUUCCAAACGUCUUCAUGAUUAAUUGAUCAACUUGCAUUCGGCGUGGGAGUUUUGGAUUCAGCCAAUCAGAAUACAGCUACUGGAACUGAAAUUAUUUGGAUAUGAAUGCUGAGAGAUUCGGCUCGGCAUCAUAGAUUCUGUGACAAUCGACAGAUAUAAGAAUGUUUGUUUAUUAUCAAGUGAAACAAGAUCGGUGGAUGAAGUAAAUUUAUGAAUAGUAUUGAUCAAGAACAUGGUAUAAAAGUAUUAGAGUUUCUGUAUUUAUUAAACAUUUCAUGAGAAACUUUGCUCCUGGACUGGACAGCUGAUAAAAGUUGUAGCAGGUUUUUUGUUGUUGUUGUUGUUGUUUUACAUUCGUCAGUGAAAUAAACUUUAAAAGAUUGAUAAAAAAAAGUAGAUUAUACUGAUAAAAAAGUUUGGUGUGUGAAAUUUGGAACUUUAAAACAUAUAGCGCAAAGACGGAUCCCAAUUGUCAAACAUGCACCGGAGCCACCCCCGGCAAGAUAAGGUCAGCCAUGAAGUCCAGAGGGUGCGCUCAGCCGCUAGUCACGCGACUCGAACCUGAGUUCACGUGCUAUCUACGGGGCUGUAUUUAUCCUCGAUCGACUCAUGCCAUGCUACUGAACUGCCCGCUAUUUAAGGUACGAGGAUCCCGUAAACUGUUAAUUACUAUUUUAUACAUCAUUCUUCUGUCGAGUCCGACAUUUGCUCAUCCACUAGAACAAAAACGAGACAAGCAAAUGGACGGUCCGGAGACUACUGUAAGUGAAGAUGGAAAUAAGAUUACUUUUCAUACGACGGGUUGUCGUGCUUUGACUACUGAAGAGUUACGUACCCUUAUGGGUGGAGCUUUUGACGAAACAAAGAUGGCAUACGAUGAUGAAAGUAUGAAACGGAGUUCGUCUUUACAGUCUGUGAUAACUGAAAACGAUAACGAUGAUAUCGAUGACGAUAUUGGUAAUUAUUUAAACGAUGAAGCAGAUAUUGAAGAAAUAAGUGAUAAUAAAGAAAGUGAAGGUACCAUAAGUGUUCAAAGUAGAAAAUAUAUGAGACGGAAAAGGGACGCAGACGAAAAUAGAAACUCGAUAAAUGAUAACGCAUUCCUUUACCAAAAUUUGCUUCAUGACUCAAUUUCGAAACGAAAAUCUCGGCAAAAAAGGAGUAAUAGUUUUGGAAAGUUUCAUCCGGCUUGGGAAUGUAAAAAAGAGAAAAAAUGGCUUCAUAUGAAAGAAGGCUAUUUUCCAACACGAAUUUUUGAUGGUUAUUGCGUGCAAAAAUCAUGUUUCUUCGGAAUGUAUACUUGUAAUGAAGUAAAUUAUAAAAUCAAAGUUUUAAAAAGGGACCCAAGUGACGCGUGUCGACCACGGCCAAUGACUGGCAACAUGACAACAUAUGAGGAAACAUGGACAUUUAUACGCCAAACCGUAACAGUGGCGUGCGAAUGCGGAACGCCAUCUUCAAGAUCUAAAAACAGUAAGAAAUCGAGAAAGCGUAAGAAAAAAUAGAAACAGAUCAAGGGGUUAGAUGAUGCAAUAAAACGGGUUUUUAUUUUAAAUAUACUACGAUAAUUCCCCCCAACAAAAACCCAGUAACUUUUCCCAGUUUACAAGUGUUCAGACUAAAUUAC